UUGAAACGGAAGUUUGUGGGUCAGUUUUUUAUCAAUGGAGGCAGUCCCUCUUAUAAAAAGAGGGGCACAGGAGAUGAAGGUCUACGCAUCAGGGCAUUGCUCUUGCAAAACCAAACCACAAGGCCGCCUGGCAGAAGAAGGCAGCACGCCACUAUGCCCAGCUCAGCACUGCUCUGUUGCCUGAUCUUCCUGGCUGGGAUGGGGGCCUGGCCAGCCCAGGGCAUGCCAUCUGAGAACAGCUGCAGCCACUUCUCCACCAGCCUGCCCCACAUGCUUCGAGAGCUCCGAGCUGCCUUCAGCAGGGUGAAGACUUUCUUUCAAACGAAGGACCAGCUGGACAACAUUCUGUUGAACGAGUCGUUGCUGGAGGACUUCAAGGGUUACCUGGGUUGCCAAGCCUUGUCGGAGAUGAUCCAGUUUUACCUGGAAGAGGUGAUGCCCCAGGCCGAGAGCCAGGGCCCAGACACGAAGGAGCCCGUGAAUUCGCUGGGGGAGAAGCUGAAGACGCUGAGGCUGCAGCUGCGGCGCUGUCACCGCUUUCUGCCCUGUGAGAACAAGAGCAAAGCAGUGGAGCAGGUGAAGAGCACCUUCAAUAAGCUCCAGGAGAGAGGGGUCUACAAAGCCAUGAGUGAGUUUGACAUCUUCAUCAACUACAUCGAGGUCUACAUGACAUUGAAGAUGAAGAACUGAAACAUCUGAUCAACAAAGCAGCAGGGGUGGCGGCUCCACUGGACUCUAGGGCAUACAUUGGAGAUCUCCAAAAUCCGAGCCAGGGUCCCAGGAGAGCCAAACCAACUCCUUGGAAAACCCUGCUGUACCGCUCUCCUAGAAUAUUUAUUACCUCUGAUACCUCAACUCCCUUUUCUAUUUAUUUACUGAGCUUCUCUGUGAACUAUUUAGAAAGAUCUAUU